UAAAAAAAGGAGGUGUAUCCGACAGAUGUCACUAUAAAUUCAAAAUGGCAGCGCCCAUGAGAGAUAAUUCGAUAAACUUAUUUUUGAAAUUGUUAAGUACUAUAUAGUUUUAAAUGAUUACCAAUUGAAAUCACACCAUGAGUAUAAAAGCAUUUGAACUUGUGCCCGCGAUCGAACGGGUACAUCGAAUGUCUGAAAAGACAAAAGCACAGAUUGAAUGCAUGGAUGUCUGUGGCAAGAACUUGUACAUUGGGACAACUGACUGUUUUGUUUUACACUACAUGUUAGAGGAGAGAUCAAAUGCAAGUGGCAAAGUUUUGUUUCAUAGCAACAGUCAAGGACAAAAGCACCUUGCUCUGAAAAAGCCUAUUGCCCAGCUGAAGGCAGCCUCUGCUUUGAAUCGAAUCCUUGUGCUCUGUGACAACACUGUCUCCAUGCUUAACAUGCUAGAUCUAGAACCGGCUGUGGGAGGAGCUAAGAUCAAGGGUGUGACCCAGUUCUGUCUGAAUGAGUCACCCGUUGGUAACAACCCGUUCUGUGUGGAAGUCUGUGUGGCCUUGAAGAAGAAGCAGGUUGCUUUGUACACCAUCACAGAGGACCGCAUUAACCACGUGAAGGACAUGUCAUUACCUGAACCAGCAUCUGUCAUAAGCAUGGACGGCCAUGUGGUGUGUGCAGCACUGCUGUCGCAGUACUGCAUGCUGGACUAUGAGACCGGUCAACAGACGGACCUCUUCCCCAUAGACACAGAGCACAUGAGGCCCUUGGUCAAACGAGUCAGCAGGGAGGAGUUCCUGUUGACGGGCCCCAGUGCACUGGGCAUGUUUGUGACCUCGGAAGGGAUCUCCCAGCGACCCCCACUACAGUGGUCCGAGAACCUCAUAUCAGUGGGAUAUGUGCAUCCAUACAUACUUGCCAUGAAUGAUGAGUUUAUCACUGUGCAUAGUAUUCUGGACCAGCAGCAGAAGCAGGCCAUACCGUUCCAAGGAGGGGUGAUCAUGAACGACUAUGAUGGGCGAAUAUUCAUUGCCUCAACUAAAGAAAUAUACUCACUAGUGCCUGUAGCCUGGGAGAAACAAGUGCAGGGUCUGCUGGCUGACAAGAGGACCCAGGAGGCCCUUGAUCUGACCAGGAAUGCCAACCACGGGCUCACCAGGGACAACUUUCUCAAGAAAUUCAAGCGUAUACAACAGCAGGCAGCAUUUAUUGAGUUUUCUCGUAGAAACCUAGCAGAAGCUCAGGAGUUAUUUAAAAAUGGCCAGGUGGAUGUAAGGGAGUUGAUCAGCCUGUACCCAAGACUUAUGCCGAGCACCAGUAAUUUCCAGCGUAGUGUGCCGGGACUGCACGAGAUUGCAGAUGUGAACCAGCUAGCCAGGGGAGAUAAGCAGGUGGUGGAGGAGUACAAGAACUUUCUGAGAAGAUACCUCGAGGACAUCAGAGGGACUGUAAACGCCAGGGGCUUUAAACAGGAGAUUGAUGUUGCCUUAUUGAAACUAUAUGCAGAGAUCAACUCUCCAGAGUUACUUCCCCUGAUCGAGGUAGACUCGGGCUGCGACCUUAAGGACUGUGCUGAGUGGCUCGAGAAUUAUGAGCGCCACCACUCACUAGCUAUGCUCUGUAAAUACCAUGGUGAUAACGAUAAAGCUCUAAAUAUAUGGUCUAGACUUGUUAAUGGUGAUAUUAAAGAUGAUCUUUUCCCAGGGUUUGAAUUUGUUGUCAACUUUUUGUCGAAUUUAAGUGAUCAUGAUUUGGUAUGGAAAUAUGUUGAAUGGGCAUUAGAAAAAGAUCAAGAACUUAGUAUAAAAAUCUUUACUGAGCGGCCUGCGCAGGAGCCCCCGUCAGAGAGGCUGAGACCUGACACUGUGAUAGACUACCUGCACCGCUUCCCCAGGGCCGUUGUCUCAUACCUCGAAUACCUUGUCUUUCAAAAGAAACUUGAGAAAGAAAAAUACCAUACCCACUUAGCUGUGCUGUACCUGGAGAAUGUACUCAACCUCAUGAAAGCCAACGGUGUGAAGAAGGAGCACAUUGACAUGGCCAGGUCUAAGCUGCGUACCAUGCUGCAGGUGUCCAACCUGUACAGAGUACAGCUUAUACUGGGCAAGGCCAAGGAGCAGGAAAUGCAUGCAGAGUGUGCCAUACUUUAUGGGAAACUAGAGGACCAUGAGAAAGCCCUGCGGAUCCUCGUGCACCAGUUACGAGACUAUGCAGCGGCAGAGAACUACUGCAUCGUGAACUCUGAGGGGCGUGACCUCAACUACAGGAAGAGGCUCUUCCACAUCCUCCUAAGUGUCUACCUGGACCCAGCAAACGAGAAAAAAGAACUGCUUGUGGAGCCUGCAAUCGACCUUCUUAACAGCAAUGUGACUGAUUUUGAUGUUGCUAAGGUGAUCCAGAUCAUCCCAGACACAUGGUCGAUAGCGAUGCUGUCCUUGUUUCUGAGGAGGGCAGUGCGGACCAACAUGCAUGGCAACCGCAUGACCCACAUUGAGAGGAUGAUGUCAAGGGGAGAGAACCUUCUCGUCAAGCAGACCAGCAUCGAAGACAUGCGAGAAGCCAUUGUGAUGAACGAAGAAAGGCCAUGUGCAGUGUGCAAUAGAACAUUUUCUGAUCCAUCAUUUGUUAGAUACCCAAAUGGAGUGAUAACACACAUACAUUGUGCUAAAAAUAAACAUGUGUGCCCAGUGACUGGAAAGCUGUUCAGUACCAGUAAACAGUCAUGACAAGGGAACAGGCUGGACCAACUAUUCACUGCCUCAUCAUCAGAAACCUUGCUGUGCUUUAUGGGUGUCCCAAAUCAUGCAGACAAAUGAUGGAAAUGAUUGCAAAAGAAAAGACAAUUUGUGUAAUACUGCUCUAUUUAUUCUGAUAAAACUGUGCAAUAGGUGUAAUUGGUUAAUACAACUCACAGGUAUUUCACAUAUUUUGAAAUGCAAGUUCAUGCAAGUAACCUAAGAAUCAAAGUCAUAGGUUGUGAUUGAAUGGUAUUUCAAGAACAUAUGUUUGUGAAACAAAACAAAAACAUCAGAAAUGUAAAGUAAUCUAGAAAUCAUUUAGAAAUUGUUUUCAUACUGCUUGCAUGUACACGGCAUUUAAUAAUUAUCAUUACCAGGUAAAGCAAAUAGAAUAGUUAGUGUAUCAGUAUCCUUAGUAACCAUUACUGCGCAUUUAAUUACCGGUGAAUGUGACCUGCAUCAUGCAAAAAUGGGUCUUAUGCCAUUUCGGUUAGUAUAGCUUCAUAUCAGCCUCCACAUUUGCACCGUCUGGUCAAAGGCUAGCCUGUCUGCUGAUGAGACCAUGAAACCUUGUGUGACUUCAUAGUGAGUCCGCUUACUGGUUGUAUAUAUCACAAGACCCAUCAUAGUGAUUCCGCUUACUGGCUGUAUAUAUCAUAAGACCCAUCAUAGUGAUUCCGCUUACUGGCUCUAUAUAUCAUAAGACCCAUUUUUGCUCCACAUGGUUCAUAUAUAACUGUACAUCCUGGAAAUUGUGCCAGAUAUUAUGUGUGUAUGUUUCAUGUAUUAUGACAGUAUACCACAUGAUUUAGAUUUGGUCUUAUGAAUGAUUAAAGAAAAUUGUAAUUACUAUUGUUUUCAUUGGAAGAAUCAUGUUUGUUCAAAAUGUUGAAUUGCAAUUUCAAAGUACAUAUAUUUGUGUGGGUAAAAUAGCUGAUAUAUACAUUUUAAUCAGGUUAAACAUGUGUUUUUGAUAUAGCAUGUACACAUGAGAAAUGUACUUUGCAUGUUUCGCCUACUAGUGAUAUGAAAAUCCAUGUGUAUUACACAGUCAUCAGCAUAUAUCCACAUAAGAAGUACCAUUUACCUGCAGCUAUGCUUGCAAUUUUGUUAAAAGGUUGUUGCAAUUUAAAUAAUAUGUGAAUUUAACAUUGAUUUGUUGUAAAGUCAUUAUAAUUUCCUUGCACAAUUAACCAUAACAAAAUUCAAAAUCCACAUUGCUUCAAGCAAUGUUGAUAUAGCGUUGGUUUAAAGGCCUUAAUAUUACUAGAACAUAGCAUUUAUUUUGAAAAGUUGAAUUGAAUAACACCAAAGGAUGCAACAUUAUAAUAAGCAUGUUGAGUAUAAAAACCCUUGCUCCCAAAAUCAUUAUACAUAGCACUAUUUUACCAAAUACACUCUAAGCUGAACAAAAAUAUGGUCAGUUUUGUACAUAACAGCGAACAAUUCAAAGCAUUUUAACAGUGUUUUAGUUCUAAUGAAUGGUUAUGGAUUUAAUUUCACUGUAAUGUCAGUGUUAGUGAGAAAUUGCAUGAUCGAGUAACGUUUCAAAACAUUUGAUGUACAAUAUACACAAUAACAAUGUAUAUUGCACAUACUUUGCAGGUUCCACGUGCUAUGGCAUUUAUUGAAGUUAUAAAAGAAACUGUUAUAAAAUCAUUAUCUUUACAGACGUUCUUGGGUUUGUACUUAUGUUUUUUUUGCAGUUGCCAUCUUAUCCUGCACCAACCAUAUUUUAUUUUCAGGCUAAGUGCAUUGUGUAAAGGAACAUUUAUAUCUAUUAUUUAUCAGAUACCCAAAUGGAUUGUAAAAUGUCCAUUAGAAACACAAUCAGCAAAGUUUGUUUUAUCUUUUUUUACUAUUUAUGCCUCGUGCACACAUAUGAUUGAAGUUGUGGAAGUAUUGAAAGAUUUUUGUGUUAAAUUAAUUGUUUUGUUUUUAAAUCUGUUAAAGAUGUACAUGUCUUCAAAGCAGAUGCUUACAAUACGACUUUUAAAAUAAAAUAUAAAUAUAAA